AUGCAACCUCCAACUUUAGAAGAAUGGAUGGCAGUUAUUUCGCAUCUUCCUAAUGAUAAAGCUUCAGGACCUUCGGCUUCCACUCAUUCUCAACCUUCAGACAAAAAAAUUCAAGUUGUUUCUGAU